GUCACUACUUACGGUUGCUCAAUCGUGGAAACGCGAUUCCUUGGCGGAAACGGAGAUGCUCGAUCCUCGCCGUGGCGGUUCCUCUCGCGCUCCCUCGUCGUCGUCCUCCUCCGGUCUCCCAUCAGCCCUAAUUCGUCAGUUUUAAACCGAAAUUCUCUUCCUUGUAUUCGAGCCCUUGCCAAUGGCGGUGCCUCGGGAACCCUAAUCGUUCGACGCCCUUCGCUCGGUUCGCCGGGGGAUGGCGAUCGUCACGGGAGAUCGCUACCUCGAACAACUGUUGCGGUUCGUCGAGCGCAACGCCGGGCCGCUCCUUGAGGGAUCCCUCACUCUGAAGCUGAAUCCCUUGGGGCUCCGCUAUGUCCACACGCGGCUGGAGGCGCUGCAGGAGCUUGAGGGCCUCCUCGCCGGCGCCCCUGUUGACUACCUCCGUGCCUACGUCUCUGAUCUUGGAGACCACAGGGCGAUCGAGCAUAUGCGGCGAAUCCUCGCGCUGCUCACCUCGCUCAAGGUGGUGUCUGUGCUCCCGCCGCCGGGCAGGGACCCGACGCCCAUCUCGCUGCUUCCUUUUGGGAGGCUGAAGGUCCUCGAGCUCCGGGGAUGCGACCUAUCCACCUCUUCCGCCAGGGGCUUGCUCGAGCUACGCCACUCGCUCGAGAAGCUUAUUUGCUACAAUUCCACUGAAUGCCUCAGACAUGUAUUUGCCAAUAGAAUCGUGGACAUAAAAGAAUCUCCAACCUGGAACAAACUGAAGUUUAUAUCAUGUGCUUGCAAUCGAUUAGUUCUAAUGGAUGAGUCCUUGCAAUUAUUACCCGCUGUCGAGUCUUUGGAUCUAAGUCAGAACAGGUUUGCCAAAAUUGACAACCUUCAAAAGGUUACAAAGCUGCGAUAUCUUGAUCUUGGGUUCAAUCAUCUACGAUCAGUAGCACGAUUUAGUGAGGUUUCUUGUCGAAUAGUUAAACUUGUUCUAAGAUAUAAUGCCUUAACUUCAGUUCAUGGAAUUGAGAAUCUAAAGUCACUUGAAGGGCUCGAUCUCUCCUACAAUAUUAUUUCCAGUUUCACAGCACUUGAAAUCCUCGGCAUCCUUCCUUCCCUGCAUAACCUGUGGCUGGAAGGAAAUCCAAUAUGUUGCACUCGGUGGUUCAGAGCACAUGUUUUCAGUUUCUUCUCUAAUCCGGAAAGAUUAGUGCUAGAUGGAAAAAGCAUUAGCACAAGGGAGUAUUGGGAAAGACAUGUUAUAUUUGCAAGGAGCCAAAAGAAGCCUGCUGCUGGAUGUGGAUAUUAUUUUCCUGCAAAAGAUAUUGUUGAAGAUGAGAGUAUCAUAGCUACUAAGAAGAAAAAGUUUUCUCGUCUAGCGAAUAUUGAGGAUGAGAGGCAAUUAAUUAGCUCUGACCAAGAAUCUAUAUUGUGUGAUAGUGAAAGUUUGAGAAAAGAUGAGAUCAUUUCUGACAGUGAAUCAAGAAUAGCUGAGUUAAUGAAUGUAGCAAAAUACAUGAAGAAUGAACGAUCUCCCAUUUGGUCGCAAAAAUUUAAAAAGUAUUUGAAUCAGACACCUGAUAAGUUUGUGGAUAAAAUCCACUCAGUGGAGUUUGGUUUGGCUUAUCCUAUGAUAAGACAAGUAAAAUACCAUAAUCAGCUCGGAAGUAUUUCAAGUUCAAAAUACAUUACGGAGGUUGCAGAAACUCUAGAAGGAGAAACAUGUCAAAGCAACUUGGACCUCAAUAUGCCAGUUAAAGAUAGUGAUAAUGGUAAUUAUUCCAGUAAGGAGAUAACUGAGCUUGAGAUUACCAAGAAUGAUAGCAAUACGUCAUUGAAUGGAAGAAAUUCAGGAUUUAAUUGUGAGCAAGGCAAAUCAAACUUCGAUUCUCUAGAAACAAAAGAUGUUUCUCAUUUAAAAGUAAAGCUUCACUUUGUUGACGGUGAUUCAUCAGAUGGAGGCUAUGAGUCAGAAAAUGCACCAACUAUGGCUCCUGAGAAGAUCAUUGGAUCACACCCAUCCUCUCUGCACCCUAACUCACCUCCACAUUAUAGAGAGGAUAUCCUUCAUCACAAACUUGACCAUGAGGAAGAAUUUUUGCAGCACUCAGCUGAUGUAACUUCUAUGGAAACAUCAGAUGAUACCAGUAGCAGUGGUGGUGUUUCACACAAUCUAAGCUCCUCCAGUUUGGAUAGCUUGUUGAAUCAAGCACCUAUGAAACAUGUUUCUAGUGACAACUCACUGACAUCACUGGACAUCAAAUAUCUUGCUGGUGGAAGGCAUUGCAGGCCAUCAAUAGUAAAUAACAUUCUAUUAUAUGAUAAUUGUGUUGAGCAAGAUGUCAGUGUGGAAGUUAACCUAGAAGACAGUGACUAUCUAUCUUAUGCACACGGCAUUUGCAGUAAUGGUGGGGACUGUUUCAAUCACAUUGCAAAUCAUGAAGUUGGUGGAUCUGAGAAACAGAAAAUUAGAUCAAAACCUAAGAGAAGAUUUAUCUCACUCUCAGGAAAUCUUAAUACUGAACCAAUACUUGAUCAACCAACUGGCAAUGAAGUUACUCAAACCCAUUUGAAGGAUUCACAAGAAAGGAACAUGACAUAUUCAGAUAUUGGUAGUGGAGCCCUUAAUCCUGCACAAAAUGAAAACCUAAAGGAGUUAUUGCAACUGAAGAUAGUGGACUUUGGCACUUCUGAAGCAGAAACAAUUGAGGAUAUAGUUUGUUGUGGUUGUAUAUUUCAGCUCGGAACGGUUAUCGAAGAGCGUGAAGUUGCUAUUCUGCGAACUUGUGAGAGAAAAAUAUAUGUCAUUUUUAUUGAUACAAUGCCUGAUAGCCAAGACAUUAUUACCCAAAUUGUCGGAAGCCACAAACUGGAAGAUAUAAGAGAAAUUUGGGCUGGACUUGGACUGCAAGCACUGAGGAUAUAUCUGGAGGGGAAGAUAACGUACCUAUUCUUGACAAGGAGUUCUAUAAAAUUGGAGAAUCUACUAUCUCUGUUACAGAUAUCUGAUUCUGCUGCAUUGAACGGUAUAUGGUCUCUGAAGAGUUGGGAGAAUGUCCAAGUAAAAAUGCUUGAGAAAUAUGUAUGUGGAAUUCCGAAGAUGGGACUGCUCCUAUGCUCCAUGGUUCUGUUUUGGCAUGACAACGCUGGAGGUGAACCUUGGGUUGCGAGGACAAUUAUUGUAGUUGAAGAAUAUAUGCUCGUGUGCAUUGAGAAUCAUCCACAAUUUGGUACUUCCAUAGCUGAUUCUGAAUCGAGCUCCCCAUACUAUUCUCUGGAUUCUGGAUGCAUAAUUCAGGAUAUACUUGAAAUGGUCAUUGAGCUCUGUCCCGAGGGAUAUGUGACCUUGACAUUCGUCGAAGUCAUGCCUGCUACUAACUUCUUUUCUGAUAAUAUCAAGGAGAAGCGACCAGUCGAAACCCCAAAGGUCCACACAUGGAAGUUGAAGUGGUACACGAAAGACACCCUGUUAAAAUUCGUUGCCAUUGUGAAGGCGAUUUAUUUAGGAUUAAAAUCUUCUCCUCUACCUGUGAAGUGUAUAUCUUGAAGAGUUAGUCGUCGGUCUGCAUGUGUAUUCAUCCAUUUCAUUCAUUCUUUCGGUUAUUUCCCCAAAUUUUAACGAUGUACAGGUUUGUUCACGUCUUCAGUCAGUAUUUGAUUCUUUGAUUCUCGUAGCUUUGAGAUCUUUUCCCUAUUGUAUAGAAUAAAUUGUAUCGAAUUCUUUGCAGUUUGCAAUUAGGAAAAUUUUCUAUGGUGUGAAUAUUUCAAUUUGCCCACCGUGCAAUAUGUACUUGUUCUUGAGUCAUUUGUGAGCUUUUAUUUAAUGGUUUCAAAUUAAGAUUUGAUGGUUCGAAUAUGUUCAAAUUAAGGUUAGAAUGGCUCUAUCUAAACUUAAAUUUGAUUCGAGGAAGAGGAUGAAAUAGUAGUAUGAACGAGAAGGGGGUGAAUUGCUCUCUGAAGUUUGAGGAGGGGGUUUUCUGAAAAUUUGCGUUUACAGAUCAGAAUAUGUCAGAAUUAAUAUCCCUGAAUGGUAACAACUUCCACCGGUAUAUCACUGAUAUAUCACUCCAUACGCUACAAGCGACAUCGCAAAUAGGGUCGUUACGAUACCUUCGUCGUGGCGUCUUGUUGGUUUCUGAGGUUUCUCGCGCUGUGAUCUGCGAGCCUGGAAACCCUAACGAUUGAUUGAAUCGCGGAGAUGGUUUCUUCCUUCGUUCUCCGGUCGUCCCUGCCUCUUUGCAUCGGCUCUUGUUCGUCACGGAGUUCAGCUGCCGCUCCGGUCUUUUCGCGUGCCAUCGUAUCUGUGAGGCUUCUUCCCAUCCAAUCCGAUCGUCGAAGAGGAAUCUUGUCUUCUUCCUUUACAAUUAGGGCACUCGGUGACAUGACAGCAGUGCCAAGUAGCAUUACUGAAAAGGUUUCAUCAAAUCUCAUAGAGUCCGAGAACACAACCUUGUGUGAAGAGCAAUCAAAAGAUGACAAGGGAAAUAAAAAUGAAGGCAG